CCGCCAUGGCGGCGGCGGAAACGGCGCUGAGGGGCGGAAGCGGCGGCGCGGCGGCGGGGCCGGGCCGGCAAUGAAGCUGCGGCGGGGCGCGCUGCGGGCGGUCCUGGCCCUGGCGCUGCUGCCGCUCCUCACGCCGGCCGGCGCCGUGGAGCCCAUCAGCCUGGGACUCGCCAUCGCGGGCGCCGCCGCCUCGGCCCUCACCGGUUUCAUCUCCUACCCGCGGCUCUACUGCUACUUCAGGGAGUGCUGCCUGCACCGGCACGACCAGCGCGCCGCCGCCGCUCUGCAGCAGAAUUUGGACAAGAAGCUGUUCGGGCAGCACUUGGUGAGCAAGGUGGUUGUAAAAGCCGUGAGGGGMUUCUUGAACAACACCAACGCCAAAAAGCCUCUCGCGCUUUCGUUGCACGGGUGGACUGGAACWGGCAAAAACUUUGUCAGUAAGAUCGUCGCCGAAAGCAUUUAUAAAAGAGGUCUGCAGAGUAAAUAUGUYCAUCAGUUCGUGGCAACUUUACAUUUUCCUCAUGCUCACAGCAUCAAUCUSUACAAGGACCAGCUGCAGUCAUGGAUUCGGGGAAAUGUGAGCAUCUGUCCCCGGUCACUCUUUAUAUUUGAUGAAAUGGAUAAAAUGCAUGCAGGACUUAUUGACUCAAUCAAGCCCUUUCUGGACUACUAUGAGCUGCUGGAUGGGGUGUCCUACAGACAAGCCAUCUUCAUCUUCCUCAGCAAUGCAGGAGCUGAAAAGAUAACAGAGGUGGCACUAGAUUUUUGGAGAAAUGGGAGGACAAGAGAAGAUAUCCAGCUCACAGAUAUCCAAAAUGCACUGUCUGUGUCUGUCUUCAACAAUAAAAAUAGUGGAUUUUGGCACAGCACCUUGAUUGAUAGAAACCUCAUUGACUACUUUAUUCCUUUCCUGCCUCUGGAAUACAAACAUGUGAAAAUGUGUGUCAGGGUUGAGAUUGAGUYGCGUGGCUACACUGUGGAUGAAGACAUUGUGAGCAGGAUAGCUGAUGAAAUGACCUACUUCCCCAGAGAGGAGAGAAUUUACUCAGAUAAAGGAUGUAAAACUGUGGAUGCCAAGCUGGAUUAUUAUUAUGACUUCUAAUGCUUUAUUGCCACGACCUGCAAAGAAGCAAGUUUAAUUUAAUCACAAAGUGGGGGACCUGAGACAUUUCAUUUUUAAGUACUUUUUAAAGAAAGGAACACUAUUUUGUAACUGGUGUGUAAAUAAGCAGCAGUGCCUCUGCGUUUUUAUUUUGUCAUCAGUCAUGGCUCCCAAGUGCUUCAGUUUUGUGCUGUGAAGGUAAGAAUGAACUGCUUUGGGAAUUCCUGUAUCUGGCAGGGCUGAAGACUCCUUGAAUCAUGUGUUGAUCAYUGGAACCCUUUGGCAGACUCUUGACAGGUAUAGAAGGACUGAGACUGUGACCUAAUUUUAAUUUGAUUUUGCUCUGAUGUGGAUGAUCUCUAGACAAUAUUGAGAAUUUUAAUAACAGUUCCUGUGUCUYUGAAAGCCUUCAUUGGUCCUGUGUGGGAAUGUGCAUGAAAAAUAGAAUAUGUGUCUUUUUGCCUUCAACAGCUUGGGCCCAGUAAAGAUAAGGGGGGAUUCUGGAAUUUAAAAAUCUGGGCUCUUCUAUCCAACAUCGUUCCAUUUCUCAAAACAGAGGUAUAAUUUGGUCUCCUGUGUGUCAAACCAAGAAUAUGCAAGUCUUUGUUGUGACAAGCAUUCAGAGAGCAGACUUAAUAUUACAAGGAAGUGAGUUAAAAUCCUUAAAUGCCACAAUGGUGUAGUUAGUUCCUAUUUCUGGUUAGUUUUUUAUAUAUAAAGUUGCCCACAGCACACUYUCCCAGGAAUGAUCUCAGGAGAGAGAGCUGUGCUCUGGGAGURGUGAGUCAGCUUCAUGGAAAGGAURCAACGUCAUGGGARAUGYGUACAGAUUAAAUUUUAUACCAUGGAAAUGGAAAAGAGAUUUCUUCACUUACCUGUUGAAUUCAGGGGCCAGCUUGUAGGGGGUUUCCCUUUUUCAUCUUCUCACCAUACUGUGUGCCUUUGAGGCAGGGAUGGAGGCAGAUCUAAAGGCAUUCAGAAAAACUCAAAAAGGGUGUCCACUAAAGUUAGUGCGAAGGGCGUCAGACUUGUUUCUGAAWGUGAGCACUGCAGAGGCUUUUUUCAUGCCAGUUGCUGUUCAAAAUAAACUUUUCUCAUCAGAAAUGUAUUUCUUAGCUACCUGCUGGUAUUCUUUGCAUUCAGUGAUUUGAUAUGAAUUUUGCACAAAUUUAUUCCAUAUUGAGGAAACAGCACACUGCAUUCCUGGCUGUUCAAACUGUGCUUUAGUACAGGUAUCUCCCUUCUGGAGUUCAAAGGGCAUAGAUAGGAGGUGUCAGUCUUUGCUGGUGAAAGAGAAACAGAUCAAGCUUGGAAACUGCACUUCUGGACCGUUGAUACUAAUUACAGUCGUGUGGUUUUUGUAGGGGCAGACUUCCUAGAUGUAUGUGAGCUCAGUAAGGAUGAACUUGUCUCUAKAGACCAAUUAAAACCCUGCUGCUCAUCUCCUCCCACUGUGGUACCACUGCCAGAACACUACAGGCUCUGUUUGAAGCCACCCACAUCUUCAGUGGCAGCAUCUUGAAGUUUUCUCUGCAAGAGGGGARAAAAAGGGCCAAUGCAGCUCCAAGUGUCCACUUGCUCUGAAAGUGUCUGAUAUGCAAAUUAUCAGUCCUGGUAUUGGACAGCAAAUGAGUGCUUUGAACUCARGGACUUAUGUUUCUUUGACUUCCUGAUUACAGCAAAUAACUGGCUAAUGGAAAAAAGCAGAUGCAAUAAACAUCUACUACUGUCUGGUACCUUCUCCAGAGAAACAGUACAAUCAAGCAGUCUUGUGGCUCUUCYAGAACUA